AAGGAAAAUACAUGCGGAAUACAAUAUUUUUAAUUUUGAAUGAUUGAUAGAAACUUAUCGUAAGCUUUUCAAACGUACACAUGUGUCUUAUCACCAAAUUCUUUCCUCCUUUUGCCGCUUUAAGCAUAGAUUUGUGCAACAAUAUAUAUCAGUGUUAGAGAAGUGCUAGUAAACGAUUAUACUAUAUGUAUUUUAUUUUUUUGUGCGUCUGAUUGUAAGACAGAAAAAAAUUGAAGGUUUAAAAUUUCACAAUUCGAAGCCUCAGUCGCCGAAAAUUUCAGAAACAUGUUUCGUCUUCUUCUAGUGGUCACAGCGCUUCUUGCGCUGAUCGACGCGCAGAUUCAGAGGAUUCCAUUGUACAAGAUGGAUUCUGCUCGAAAAACUUUGAAAAAGAUGGGCACCGACAUGAAACAAUUUAAUCGGCCAUGCGGAAAAAAUAAAAUUGCAACGGAACAUUUGAUCAAUUAUUUAGACGUGGAGUACUAUGGUCAAAUCAGUAUCGGAACUCCACCGCAAAGCUUUACAGUAGUAUUUGACACUGGUUCCUCAAAUCUUUGGGUACCAUCCAAUAAGUGCAGCGAUACUAACGUUGCUUGCUUAUUACAUAAUAAAUAUGAUAAUACAAAAUCCAAAACAUUCAAACCGAAUGGUACUCUGUUCUCUAUUGAGUAUGGCUUUAAUAGCAGUGUGUUUGGAUUCUUAUCUACUGAUGUAGUGAAUGUUGCCGGUCUCAAUGUUCAAAAUCAAAUAUUUGCGCAAGCGAUUGACGAGUCAGGCAUAAUAUUCGUUGUUGCAAAGUUUGACGGUAUCUUGGGUAUGGGCUAUGACACGACAUCCAUCGAUGGAGUGACGCCUGUUUUCUACAAUAUGCUCCAACAAAAGCUAGUAUCACAACCUGUUUUUAGCUUCUAUUUGAGUCGAAAAAACGAUCUAUGCAGAAAUUCUUCAGCCAAGGCAGGUGGUGAAUUGAUAUUGGGUGGUUUCGAUCGCGCUUAUUACAGUGGCAGUCUCACAUAUAUUCCUGUUAGUUGUAAACGUAAAGGAUACUGGCAAAUUACUAUGCAAAGGAUCAGAAUACUUAGAACUACAAACAAACCAGGUCAAUCCGUGUGCGCACAUGGCUGCGAAGCUCUCGUUAGUACAGGUACCUCACUAAUAAUUGGACCAACAUCGGAAAUCGACAUUAUUAAUAGCCAUAUUGGAGCUAAACUUGAUAGUAAUGGAGACCCAAUAGUGAACUGCAAUAAUAUUCAUAAAUUGCCUGUAAUUCGUUUUAUUUCGCAUGGUAACAGAUUCUCCCUUACCGGUAAGGAUUACAUUCUUAAGAAGCCAGCUCAGGACGGCACCACGAUAUGUUUGAGCGGUUUCUUGGGAUCUAAUUCACCGAUAUGGACUCUGGGCGAUGUAUUUAUUCGCCGUUAUUACACAGUGUUUGAUCUGGGAAAAAAUCGAGUGGGAUUUGCCCCUGCAAAAUAAAUGAUUGUCUUCUCUGGAAGUUACCAUUAGAGCUGUUAGUAGACGUAAAUGAUAAUUUUGCGCGAAUAAACUAAAAUAUUUUUUUUUAAAUAACAUUUCAUGCUUACUGUCUCGUGUAAUUUUUAUUUAUAAUAUUAUCUAUGCGAUUUAUCGUUAUAAGCGGAUAUAUAUAAUGUUUUCGAAAAUUAAAACGAAGAUGUAUGCGAUAUCUUCCAUCAGUAAUCUGAGAUAUAUCUUUCAGUAUAUAAUACCGUAUUAAAACGUAUAUUGUUUAAAUUUAAAUAAAUCUAUUAAAAUAAAA